UAGCUCAAGAAGAAACGAAACCUAAAUCUGAGAGGACAAGAAAGGCGGAGUGAAAGAAACGCAUUAAUAAGCAGUAACAAGAAACAAGGCUUGAAUCUUAGCAGUCAAGCUGAAAAUUAUACUGGCUGAGGUAUUGCUUGCAGGAAGUAAGCCUGAAAAUGGAAUCUAACCCUAAAAGAGCAAGAUCUGAUGUUGGUUACAUUCGUCUGUGUGACUCCGUUGGUCAUACUGCUGAGCAACUUAUUUACCCCAUCAUAAAGGCAGAAGAGUCAAUCCGGGUAAUGUUUGAACAUCAGAAAGAAUCAUUGAUGAAUAUUCUCUGCAAAAAAGGAAUUACAUUGUGUCCAGCAACAGAACAUAAUUUCGUGGAGGGUAACAUUUUUAUUCAGUGUGAACCAUUUUCAAAAUGGAAUGAUAAAACGCUAAAAACAUACACAGAUGAUGUUAACUUGAAGCUACAAAAUUUUAACAUUCAAAGUGUUUCAAUUGAUCAUGUAAUGGAACAGUCAACACUUUCCCAGCCAAUAAUUCCAGAAUUUGAUGCCAGAAUUUAUGAACUGGAAUCAAAAUAUCAACGCCAUUUAAGUUCUUACCAGCAGUCAACCAAACAAGAUACAAUACCAGCAGACUUGCAAAUUAUUGGAACAUUGCUGAAAGAAUUAAAAGACAUCAGAGUUUCAAUUGCUGUGUUAUCACACAAUGCUAUAGGAAAAAGCUUCCUGCUAAACCUGCUUCUUCUACUGACUUCUGAAAGUUACAGGCCAAAUAGAAAAAUAAAGCUGCCAAAGGAGAUUACAGGAAACCCGACUGUUAAAACUGUGAAAGAGGAACAUUUUGAAGAUUUGCCAGAAGCAAUACAAGAUUUUCUUCAUGACAUCACAGAAGAUCAGCAAGAUUUCAAAAAUUUACUGGAACCAAUUUGUCGUGAAUUAAGUUUCACCAAUGAAAUGGAACAGCGAAAAGUCGAACUAUCCUUCAGAGAACUGAGCAGAUAUUUCAUGAUCAUGCACGUGUAUCCAUUGAACUUAUUUGCUUCAGAAAAGGGUAAUUCUGAAGCCUACCACUGCACAACCAACUGUGUUAUCCAUAUAAGGCACGGUGCCUCAUUUCAAGCUAAAGUGGAAUACUUUAGUGAGGAAGAAUUACAGAAUCAGUUGUUCGAAUUGUUUUUUUCAGAAAGAGAGGUAUGCAGUGACAAUAAGAAGACUCACAGGAAAUCACUGAAGAAAGAUUUGCUGUUUUAACCAAAAGUAAACUGGAGAAGGAGAAACUACAUAAUACUCUGGAAUUAAUAACCUCUCCUAAGGACAUCAUGUUAUGUGAAGAGGUAAAGAAAUUUGCAGGAAAAACUGAGCUUUAUAUUGGAAAAGGGGUUAACCCAACAAAUGACCGACUAG